AUGUUUUAAAGAUAUUUUUUUAAAAAGUUGACUAAUUUUCUAUAUAAAAUUAAAAAUUAAAAACUAGUCUAUUUAUUUGAAAUAAAAUUUAUAAUUAAUAAAUCCGAAUUAAUUGCUUAAAAUUUAACAACAUCAUAAACUGAAAUUUAUUCAAUGAGUAAUAUGUGUAUUGAUCAUAAAGACUACGAAUAUUUGUUUGUUAAUCUUAGAGAAAUAAAAGGAAAACCUCGUCUUCUUUGUGAAAUUUGUGUUUAAGAAUAGUCAGAAACUCAUGAACUUAGCCUUGUUUCUAUUGGAACUUUAAUAAGUAAUUCCUUUUCUCAGCACUAGAAACUUAUUUAAUUCGCUGACUAAGAGAAGAUUUUGCUACCUUACAUCAAGUUUGAUAUUGUUCAGAAUGGAACUCUUGAAAAAAUUAAUAGCUUCUACGAUGAGCUAUCUUCUUCUUUAUUACAAUUUGUUGAAGCAAAAAGAGAAGAGACAUUAAAGAACUACUACGGACUAAUAGAGGCUCAGACUAAGAUAAGAACUAUUUCUAAAUUAGAAGAAAUCUAAAAUAUUUUAAGAAAUGCCAAUCAUUAAGGCACAUAAACCCUCCUCAAUCAAGUAAAAGAGUACUUUGAUUCUCAAAAGAGUAGAUAAAAUGAAAUUAAAUCAUACUUAGAGUGUUGCGUUAGCAUGUCGAAUAAAUUAGAAGGAUUUUAGUCUAUUUAAGAUAAAGUGAGUGAAAUUAAAGAAAAAAUAGAUGGCGUUUUAAGGAGUGAAGAUGAACUCUCUUAUUUAUCAGAACUUAGUCAAAAAGAAAUCAAGAAAGUAGAAAUAUUGAAAGAACAAAUUAAGAGCUAAACAUCAUAACUUCAAAAGUUGAUUAACUUUAACACCAAUUUGAAGUACUAAAAACCUAUAGAAAACUUUACUAAACCAGAAAUCGAUCUAUAUAAGCUUGAUGCUCUCAAUAAAUCUAAGAAUCCAAACUGUUUCAUGCUUAAAAUUGCAGAGGCAAUUAAAAACAGCAAGUUCUUUAUUCCUUUAGAAAUGAAAUAAGAAGCUAACAGCCUAAUUUUUAGCAGAACAUAACCUGGUGAUAACCUUAUUGGUUUGAUUGAUGCUCCUAUUGACGAUGAUGUUUUUGGAUAACCCUUUAAAGUUAAAGUUCUCUAAGGUUACGUUUCGAUUGGUAUUUGUGCUCGUGAUAUUCAUGUCAAAAGAUGUUAUAGAUAUGAAGUUUAGAGCUACUAACCUUCAUGCGGAUAUGCUAUGCUUUCAACAUCUGGUUUCUCUUAUUCCUCUUUCUCCCCUUCUUAGCACAAAUAGUAUAUUAGAACACAUUAUGGAAAGGAUACAAUUCUUACAGUGAUACCAUGUGAUAACAAGGUCGUCUUUAAGAGCUAAUGCUUUGAAACAUAAGAGUUACCCUUUUCGCCUCAAGAGGAUAUUGUCUAUACUCCUUGCUUUAUGCUUUCUGAAGAAUCUUCAAUCUAAUUUAUUGUAGAAGAGUGA